AUGGAAUCCACCAUUGUUUCUCGUCUCCUUGCACACACACAAGCUGAGAAUUUUUUGGGAUCGAUUGAUGCUUCCUCUUUGUCAUACAAAAGUGCCGCAUCCUCAAAUGGGCAAAGCAUUUGUGGGUCUUGGGUCUUACAAGAGAAACGCAAUGUGUGGGGUGAAUUUGCGCUUUUCGGCAUAAUCUCCAUGACUGAGCGAUCAAAGGUUAACGCAACCAGAUACCAAAUGCACCUCAGCAUGCCUUCUUCGGCUCCACGAAUGGUGAAAAAGUUAUUCGCAGAUCAAAUCCGGGCUCUUAACCGGAUUAAGAAUGCCUCUGGCUUGGGGGUGCACUGCGAAGAGGACAUGAUUGAGAUUCAUGAGAACGAGUUUGGAUGGGCAUAUUUGGACGAUCAGAAUUGUCCUUUCCUUCGGAUCCUUCACCCUAUGUUUUUGGAAAGCAGAGCUUCUCCUCUCAAGGAGGGCAAAAAAGUAAACGUGUCUUUGGCGUUAGAAUCCGAUCCGGCCUCUCCAGCUAGUGUGACAACAAGCAACAACGAUGCCACUCCCUCUGUAUUCUCUCAUCCCCAGUGGGAUCCCGAGGGUCACUAUCGUCGUGCGCUCCCAUCUCCCAACAUGCAAAGAGACUUUAAGUUCCAUGUCGACCUCCACGCUUUUGAUGACGACGGAAGGAAUGGCAGUCAUCGGCACUGUGUCUCUGCAUUUAUAGUGGGUCGGGCUGGAGCACUGCAAGAGGAACCAAUCGCCAUCGCGUCCAGCAGCAAAAAACGCAUUGCUGAAGAAGAGUUGCUGGGUCCGCCCAAGUGCGGUCCCUUCUUCACUCGUAAUGGUGACAACAAAAAAAGAGAGGAUUCCUCCUUGGACUGUGGGUCCAACAAUGAAGAGGUCCUUCUGUUGCCUCCCGUCGAGGAACUGCUCACUAUGGAUCAUCAUGGGAAAGGAAAGGAAGUCGCAUCUAAGGCUCUGUCUGGCUACACACAAGGUAAGCUGGACUCCAAACAGGAUACUUCGCUCGAUGUCAAAGAGCCGGUGGUCAUUGAAGAUGAAGUGAUGUAUGUUGCCCACAACUAUUCUACACAAUGGACGACUCACAUUCGCCUUCCCCUUUUCGACCAGGCACCCAUUUACAUCUUCGACCACGAGCAAGGCUGA